UUCCUGCUGGUCCUGCUUCUGCUGCUGCUCAAGUCAGCCCAGCUCUUCCUGCACAGGCAGUGGCUGCUCAGAGCCCUCCAGCAGUUCCCGGGCUCUCCCUCCCACUGGUUCUUUGGCCACAGCUGGCAGAAUCAGCACUGACCAGAAGCAGUCCAUGCCUUGUCCACACCUCUCGAAAAAAUACCCAAGAAUCUGGAUUCCCAGGGGACAGGCUUCCAGACCUCAGAAUGAGAGUGAGAUCCAAAAGGGCAAGGAGCUGGAGCAGAUUCUGAAAUGGGUAGAGAAGUUCCCAAGUGCCUGCCCUUACUGGGUAUGGGGGAGCCAUGUCCGUGUCCAGAUCUAUGACCCUGACUACUUGAAGCUGAUUCUGGGGCGAUCAGAUCCAAAGGAUCAUGGUUUCUACAAAUUCAUGGCUCCCUGGAUUGGGUAUGGUUUGCUCCUGUUGAACGGGCAGACAUGGUUCCAGCACCGGCGCAUGCUGACCCCAGCCUUCCACAAUGAGAUCCUGAAGCCCUACGUGGGUGUCAUGGCAGACUCUGUCCAGGUGAUGCUGAACAAGUGGGAAGAGCUCAGCAGCCAGGACUCCCCUCUGGAGAUCUUUGAACACAUCUCAUUGAUGACCCUGGACACCAUCAUGAAGUGUGCCUUCAGCCACCAGGGCAGCAUCCAGCUGGACAGGAACUCCCAAUCAUACAUCCAGGCUGUUGGGGACCUGACUAGCCUGUAUUUUCAUCGUACACGGAAUGUCUUUUACCAGAAUGACACCAUCUACAGCCUGACUCCAGCUGGACGCUCUGCCCAGCGUGCCUGCCAGCUCGCUCAUCAGCACACAGACCAAGUGAUCCAGCUGAGGAAGGCUCAUCUGCAGGAGGAAGGGGAGCUGGAGAAAGUCCAGAGAAAGAGGCAUUUGGAUUUCCUGGACAUCCUCCUCUUAGCCAAAAUGGAGAAUGGCAGCAGCUUGACAGACAAGGACCUCCGUGCUGAAGUGGACACAUUCAUGUUUGAGGGCCACGACACCACAGCCAGCAGCAUCUCCUGGAUCCUCUAUGCUCUGGCCACUCACCCUGAGCAUCAGCAGAGGUGCCGGGAGGAGAUCCAGAGCCUCCUAGGGGAUGGAGCUUCCAUCACUUGGGCCCACCUAGACCAGAUGCCCUACACCACCAUGUGCAUCAAGGAGGCACUGAGACUCUAUCCACCGGUGCCCGGCAUUGCCCGGGAGCUCAGCAAACCUGUCACCUUCCAUGAUGGACGCUCCUUGCCCAAAGGUAUCAUAGUCUCACUUUCCAUUUAUGGCCUUCACCACAACCCAAAUGUGUGGCCCAACCCUGAGGUGUUUGACCCCUCCCGGUUUGCACCAGGUUCUGCUCAACACAGCCAUGCUUUCCUGCCUUUCUCAGGGGGAUCAAGGAACUGCAUUGGGAAACAAUUUGCCAUGAAUGAGCUGAAGGUGGCUGUGGCCCUGACCUUGCUGCGUUUUGAGCUGCUGCCUGAUCCCACCAAGGUCCCCAUCCCCAUAUCACAAAUUGUGUUGAAGUCCAAGAAUGGGAUCAACCUGUAUCUCAGGAAACUCCCUAACCCUUAUGGGAAUGGGCUCUGAUGGCCCGCGUCUGCCAUCGUGCUCUCCUGUCCCCUGAUUCUAGCCCCUGCCUGUCUAUCCACAUCCUGCUUUCUAUCUGCCGCCUACCCUUUCUUCCUUCUAUCCUGCUCGUGUCCCUGUGUCUGUCUGCCCUUACCUCCGUCACCUUCUCCAGACUCCCUACUUCUCUGUCCACCUGUCUCCUACCCACCUGCAUCACUGCCUGCCUGUCCACCUAACUCUGCCCUCCUGCCUGUGAGCCCCUGUACCUGUCCUAUUCCUUUCUGCCUGCUGAUCUCCCCUUCCUACUGCUGCUGUAAUCAACUAGCACAAUCUUCCAGACUUCAAAUAAUAGAAAUUUAUUACUUAUGCUUCUGGAGGUCAUAAAUAUGAAAAGGGUUUGACUGGUGCAACACCAAGCUAUUGGCAGGGUCACUCUAGAGCGCUAGGGGAGAUUUCCCUUCUCUACUUGUUCCCUUAUCAGGCAUUGCAAUUUUGGCUUUGGGAUCCUUCCUCCAUAUUCAAAUCUAGUAGCAUCCCCAAAUUUCUCUCCUUCUGUCAUCACACGCUUUCUCUUAUAAGGACCAGUGAUUACAUCAAGGAUAUUGAGAUACUUCAUAGUUUCCAGGGAUCACAGCACAUGCAUCUGGAGAGCCAUUAUUCAGCCUUACACUGAUUGUUACCCAAUCUGCCCAUCUAAAUCUCUCCUGUAUGGUACUUGUCUACUUGAUUGUCAUUUACACAGCCCCUCUGUCUUUCCUCCUUCCUGAAAUAAAGUUCACAAGGUUG